AAUUUGAAAUUUGAGCACCAUCGAUAUUUAAUGUUAAUAAAAAAAAAUAAUUAAAAUGCAUAAGGUUGUUCUAUACUUCAUUGCAAGUGUAAUAGCUACUCCAGCUUUAGUCCAUGCAGAUAUUAAUGGACCUUUUCUCUUAUGGGGCUUAUCAGGUUUGAAUGGGAUUAAAAACACAGCACUGAAUAAUCUGGAUGACACAUUGUUGCGAGAUUUGUAUGCCAAAGCAAGUUCUAUUAUUGUUUUUCUUAAAAACUCCACAACAAGAUUGGAUGAAAUAAAUUUUCCGAGUUUCAAAGGAUUAGUCAAUGAAAAUGAGUACACUUAUCUUACUCAAUAUCAAUUGACAUCAGAUCCCUUAGACUACAAUGCAAAUACAGAAAUCAUUAAUUUGUUUGGUGAUGGGUUACAACAAGACAUUGAAUUAACAGCAUUGUUUAAAGACGCUAUAAAAAAUUAUGGAGAAGGCAAAGUAUUGGGUAUUAUGGCAACACGAACUAAUAUUAUUCAAGAGCAAAUGAGAGUUCGACGAGCUGCUGAUGCAUCAACAACAGACACACCAACGGAAGAACCAGUUCAAAAUAAUUAUAUUUACAUUGCAAAAAAUCGAGGACUGAUAUGGACUGCAGAACCGCCUGUAUUAAAAAUAGGGCCAAAUAAAUCAUACGAAUUAACCACACACACCGUUGCUACUACCGAUGAACGAAAAGAAGAUAAUAAGUUUAAAAUUCAAGUAGUUUUCGCCUUAGACAACAAACAGAAAGCUGCCCUUAAAUUUCAAUUUAUUCGCAAUUUUGGAGGUUGGUGGACAAUGAAAUCUGUAGAUGUUGAGUAUAAUGACGGCGAAAAGAAAACUUUUGCUUUGCAAGUUGAAGGAAAUGAGCCAAGUGCUCCUUUGAACUAUUCUUAUCACUGUCCGAAUCGUAUUUUGUUUAAAGGUCGGAAUCACUCAGUUACGCUUACUAUGAAAGGAAUCCAAGUCCAACCUUAUUAUACAAAUGAUAAAUUCGGAAUUGCAUAUGACUGUGUUACUUUCUUUACCGUUCCUAUUUGGUCAGGGAUAUUUGUCACAUUUAUCUUAUUAUUCCUUUUAACUAUCGCACUAAUAGCUGUCGCUGAAAUCAAAACACCAAAUAAAUUUGAAAGCAAAUCAGGUGCGCAACUUACAUUUACAGUUCAGGAGUAAUAAUAUUAAGAAAUAAACACAUAAAGAAAUUAAUGUUGGUCAUAAUUAUAACAUGAUUAAAGUGUAAACAUCAAUAUUGAUCAAUAAAG